AUGUCACAUCCAGCUCGUCUGCUCUUACGAGCCCCACCCCACCUACCUUUCAUCCAAGGUUAUCCCGGUAUCCCUGCCUCCCCUAACCGCAAAGCAGCAGGUGUGCAUGGAUCCCUGGAACUGCGGGUCGGAUCCAUCCCAGUAAAAGCCAAAUGGGUCAGAGUCGAAAUACGCAAAUACGAAUCCCUCCCACCUGGAUUCCCUAAUACUGGUGGAUCAUCCUCUGAACCGGUAUGGGAACAUAUAGGAGAAAUCAACACAUUGUGGAAACCAAGCGACGAAAGUAAAGAGACUGAACAGAUCGAAACGGCAGAUUUCAAGUUCUUCUUACCUCUUCCUGAAAAUAUACCACCUUCCGUCGAAUUACCAAGAUCUACUGGGAUAAGAUACGAAUUAGUCGCUGCUUUAUGCUAUAAACAAAAAUCAGGUCUGUUCAAGAAAGAGUCAUACCCUAUAUUGAAAAUAUCUGAACCGUUAAUAAUCAUCAAACAUGAUCUUCAUUCAUCUUGGCCACUAUAUAAUAUACCCGAUUCGAAGACUAUCAAAGCAUCGAAUGAUCAAUUGAUAUUGAAUGUCUCAAGACCCAAUACAGCUUUUAGUUCAGGAGAUAGAAUACAGUUCUCAGCAUCGUUGAAAUCAACCAAAUCGCAACCCUUCAAAUUGAAGGGAUUCGAAUGUACGAUAUAUGAGUUAAUCACUUCUAUACCUAUCCCACCUGAUCCCCAGGGAACAAAAGGAAAGAAAAGGAAAUCCCUACAAAACCCUAUAACGAAAUCAAGGCCUAUAUCAACGGUCAAGGCAGCAGUGGACGAAAGGAUAGGACUAGGUGGUGAGAAAUCAGCGAAGAUCGAAAUGUUGGUGGAUAGAGUGUUGGUAACGGUUGAAAAUGCUAGAACGUUAAGAGUGGAAUAUGCCUUAGAAGUCAAAGCUGUAAUGGAAGGUAUAAGGGAUAAAAUUGAAAUCAAUGGGAUUAUGUAUACGGUCGGUGUCUUUGAUAGGAAUACUGCUGAACAGGCUACUGGGGAUAUAGGUCGAGUGGAUUUCCUAUGCCCCGACAUUCCCCAACCCUCACCUCCUCCUCGUCCCAUUGAUUCAACCCCUUUCGCCGGUCCUCAACCUGACUUACCCCCUAAUGCUCGAUUCAGCGGUAAUUCUCUCUUGCCCGGUCCUGGUUAUUUCCCACCUCAGCGUCCCACUGCUGGAUCGUACAAUCAACAGCAGCAGCAACAGCCAAUACAAGUCCUCGACCACCGACAACCAUAUCAACGACAUGCAUCUAGUAAUAGUGCCAGUACAUUCACCACGACGAACACCCACACUAACGAGUUUGGUAUGACACCUACACCGACUCAGAAUAGAUCAUAUGCUACUAUGCCUACUUCACCUGGUCAACGAAGGCCCGAGAUAAUGUUCCCAACUGCCCAACCACGACCUAGGAGUACUACACCUACUUCACCCACUCUCGAUUCUGCAGGUGGACAUGAGAGAGACGUGAUGAGUGACGCGGGGCAUGACACCUCCAGCAACAGAUAUUCCACAGCGACUAUGGCUACAUUUGGUAGAUGGGAUAAAGGUUUGAAGAAUGCUAAGAAACCGGAACAGGAGAGUGAUCGAGCUGCGAACAGUCUAGCUUCUAGCAACAACGCCAUCACACCUACUACAGCUACCGCACCUUCCCCAUCAACUCGUCAAUCCUCCCCUAUGCCAGCGGUACCUUCUCGCCCCACCUCGGCUCGUCCACCAGUCCCUCCGAGCUCCUUCUACCUCACUUCAGAGCAGGAGAAGACCUUGCAGAGAGAACGGUACGAGGCUGCUCGGAACGCCGCUGGUCUGCCUACCUCCUCUCAAACGACUAAAAAGGACGAAGAAGAAAUACCUGAAAUACCACCACCAGAAUACGCACCUCCUGUGCCUGCUCAACCGAAAAGACAGUAUACAGCACCUUCCAGACCGGUAUCAGAAUAUACGAGUUUGAACGGAUCAUCUGUGAAUUCCAGUCCGAAAACUACCAGUUCCCCUAGAUUGACUUCGCCCUCACCUGCUACAAGGCCUAGUUCAGGGUCGAACAGAAUGGGAUCACCUCCUCCACCAUCUAUCGCUGAACAGACGGUGCUUCUGAGUGCUGCUGAAGAAAAGGAAAUACAGAGAAAGAGAUACGAAGAAGCUACUUCGAGAGUCGCCGAGACCACCACUCCUCCACCGCAAGCGGGACCUUCCAAGAUUGACGUGGUCAAAGCCAAUUCAUCUUCUUCGCCAAAUAGACAAUCCAGUAUAAUACAGGCCCUGAAAACUUCUCCACCUCUAUUUCCACGAAAAUCUUCUCAGGGUAGUACAUCGGAUGGACCUAUGCCAUAUAAUGCGAUCUACCCACCUGACCGUACUAGCUCAAAGGCUGAUGGUAGCACCCCAGUUGGCCUGGGUAUAUCGGCAAAUGGGUUGAGCGAGAAGGAACAGAUGAAAAGGUAUUACGAGGCUCAAGAAGCUGUCGCACAGAAUCAGAAUCAACCGAAUCCGAAUUCACCCAGUAAAUUGAUUCAUGUUGGAAGUAGUAGUGUCUUAUCUAGAAAGUCUGGUGGUGGGAGUGUAGGUUCGAUUAGUGUGAACGAACAGGGUCAUAGAACAGGACAGGGUAGUCGAAUAGAUGAAAAAGAACAGAUGAGGAGAUAUUAUGAAGCUCAAGGUAGAGUUGCCUCUGCUUCCGGCUCUGGACAAUCACCAGCUACACCCUCUAAAGUAACCAAUCUCCACAAUCAGGAUAGGGACGUGUCAAUACCUUCGUCACCAUCUGGUAGUAAACCUCCAACUAGUGCCUUAGAUGAGAAAGAGCAGCUGAGAAGGUACUAUGAGGCGCAAGAUCGAGUAGCGGCUGCUGCAAGAGGAGAAAAUAGUGCUAGCCCAAGUACGAGUACUUCACAGAAAGCUAAGCAAGACACCUUGCCUUCUAGCUCGGCUAUAGAUGAGAAGGAACAGAUGAGAAGAUACUACGAAGCGCAGGAAAAAGUUGCCGCUAGGACUGGGUCCCCUCCACCUGUUGGUCCAUCGGGAUAUACUCGAAAGACUACGCAGACUCCUUCACCCACAAAACCGAAGAUUUAUGCCGCUAUACCCGGUCCGAUCGAUGAGAAGGAGCAGAUGAGAAGGUACUACGAAGCUCAAGAUAGGGUGGCCGCAGCAUCCAGAGGGGAAAGUAGUGGGGCUGGUAUGCAGCAAUCACCUCCUAGAUCCCCUCAUCAAGGUAGUCAUGCAACUUCACCCACUACGCCUGAGACAUCAGCGGCUGCAUCUUCUGCUAUUGAUGAGAAGGAGCAGAUGCGGAGGUACUACGAAGCCCAAGAUAGAGUUGCUAGAGCCUCUCAAUCGCCAGGUAUAGGAUCUUCAGGUAACAAUCGAAUAUCCGAUACGCCCACUGCAUUCCCUACGAAGUCUCGAGCGACCUCUACGGUUCCUACCGCCCUGAAUGAGAAGGAACAGAUGCGAAGGUACUAUGAAGCCCAGGAUAGGGUCGCAAGGGCUAGUUCAGGAUCGCCUCAACCUGGUCCAUUGCGGCCUGCAGCCGGACCUGGAUCGAUGGUCCCUUCUUCUAGCUCAGGAGGGGUCAGCGCUUCAGAUGAGAAAGAACAGAUGAAGAGGUAUUAUGAAGCUAUGGAUAGGGUUAAUCGAGCUUCAGAUACGAAUGAAUCGCCCUCACGAACCCGACAGAGUACCGCUUCGCCUCCACCUCCACCUGUCUUAGCUCCUCCUGUUGAGUCUCCCCCUUCUUUCGAUGACGCACCACCGUCUUUUGCUGGGCCUUCGUCCAAUAAUGCUGGAAGUGUCGGUGCGAGUGGAAGUGGAAGUGGAACAGGUUAUCCUUCAGCGGAACAAGAGAAGGACAUGAUGAAGAAGAGGUACGAACAGGCUAAUUCUGCUGUACAGCGAUAUAACUCGCCGUCUUCACCACCCCCUGAAGCUUCUUCCCUCUCAACAGCAGCGACAAAUCCAUUCAGAAGAAGUUUGACGAAUCAACCUAGGACGAGUCUAGGAUUAGCUUCUGAACAAAUCAUCAAUCAUGCGAACAUCGCAGCUCCUUCUCAAGUUCAAAAAGGCGAUGACCGUGGGUACUUCGGUAGCAAUGAUACCCUCUCGCCUGCGACCUCACCACCCUCUUCACCUUUAUUAGCUAGAGAUCCGACGAUCAAAGCUGGUAAAGCUAGGGCCAUCGACGGCUCAUCAACGUCCAAUGCGCCUCCACCACCUUUACCUGCUAGACCACCUAAGGAGUAUGUCGAGCUGUUAUCCCCUGUUUAG